AUAUAUAGAAUAAAAUACACAUGUAAUAUGUGUACUUAAUAAUUUAUUAGACAAAACACCCCCCAUCCAUAAAGUAAGCUGAUAUACAACGAAAACCAGCAAACAUUUCAUUUUCUCCUGCCUUUUAAACCAGUUUUUAGAGCAAAAAAAAAAAAGAAGUUUGCUGGUUUCCCUUCUCUUUGAUCACCAGUUUCAUAACCAUGGAUACUGCAGCUCAAUGGCCACAGGAGAUUGUGGUGAAACCAAUAGAAGAGAUAGUGACAAAUACAUGUCCAAAACCUGCAAGUUUAGAGAGGAGAACAAGACCACAAAAGGAACAAGCUUUGAACUGUCCCAGGUGCAAUUCAACCAACACCAAGUUCUGCUAUUACAACAACUACAGUCUAACUCAACCUAGGUACUUUUGCAAGACUUGUCGGAGGUACUGGACUGAAGGCGGUUCCCUUAGAAACAUCCCUGUCGGAGGUGGUUCUAGAAAGAACAAAAGACCAUCAUCAUCUUCUUCAUCACCUUCAUUAUCAUCUUCAUCAAAAAACCCUAAGAUCCAUCAACCCCAAGAUCUCAACGUAGCUUUCAAAACUACCACUCAAGGUUACACAAGUGGUAAUGUUCCUGAAUUGGUUCAAAUCCCCAACAGCUUAGAUAACAACAAGAACCAAAUCCCUAAUUCUUUCAGUUCUUUCAUUCCCAUGCCAGUUCCAGAUCCAAACACAGUAUAUACAUCUGGGUUAAUUCCCAUGCAAGAUUUCAAGCCAAUCUUAAAUUUCUCCUUGGAUGGGCUUGGGAGUGGUCAUUAUGGGAGUCUUCAAGGGAUUCAAGAAACAACAACAGGGAGGCUUUUGUUUCCAUUUGAAGAUCUGAAACAAAUCCCAAACACAACUGAUACUGACCAAAAUAAAGAACAAGGAGAUUCAGCUGGAUACUGGACCGGAAUGUUAGGUGGAGGAUCAUGGUAAACUACAAGAUCAAAAGUAAAAAUGGGUCCCUUUUUUUUUUUUUGCCUUUUCUUGGCUUUUCUUUGUAACCUUUUUUAUUAUUAUUAAUUUGUUAAGGUGGGGUGACUUGUUUGGAUUUCUUCAUUACUAACAGAUAGGAAUACAUGGGUUUCUCUCUCUCUCUCUCUCUCUUUAUAUAUAUAUAUUAUAUAUAUAUUAUUCAUCCUUCCUUUUUUCUUGUUAAUUAUGGUGGGAAUUUGAAGCUUUUUUGUUUUUAGGUUGGCUUCUGACAUGCUUUACUGUUAGUAUGUAUGAAGAGAUUAAAGGUAAACCCAGAUUUUUUUAGGGCAAAAAUGUGGGAGAGAAUAGGCAUGUCUGUAUACCCUUUUUUAAUUGAUAUUAUCAUAGCAGAAAGGCAACCCUAUAUGUCAUUAGGCUUGGUACAAGUACUAAAAUGAAAAUUGUAUAAAGUUGAAGUUUGUAUGGAAUUCCGUAUCACUUUGUGUUUCAAUUAAAUUAAA